CUUCCCUCUAAACCCAAAACCCUAGCAUCGAAAUCGAACAGACACUCUCUCUCUAACAGAGCGUCAAUGGCGGACUCCGUGAUUUCUCUUGAUAAGCUGAAAACCAUCUGGCAUUCUCAGAUUCACGACGAGGAGAAAUGGGCCCUCAACGUGAAACUGCUGCGUGCUGCUGGGUUGUUUGCUGGAUCGAUUUUUCUGAUGCGCAAUUAUGGUGAUCUUAUGGCAAUAUGAGAAAUGAUGGAGUGUCCGUCCUUAGAAUGAGCUGAUCUUCUACUGAAGUAAACACCAUGUGGGUUUUCUCCCCACCCCAUACUUAUUUCCAAAACUGAAGGUGUAUUUCAUAUUUUUGUGGAUCAAUUUUAGGAUUAUGUUAUAACUUUUGUGGUAUACUCUUUAGUUGAGUAAUGUUCUUCAGUUUAUAA